AUGAGGUACUUGCCUGCAUUGUCUCUACUAGGCAGUGUAAUUGGGAUAAGCUCAACACUGGCAUUUGAGCUACCAGAGCCUACGAGACAACUAGAAUGGAAAGAUGUCAAUUUCUUGAGUACUUCAGAUGUUCAUGGCUGGCUUCUAGGUCAUCAACACGCUACAUGGCCUGAACCUAACUAUUCGGGGGACUAUGGAUCUUUAGCAUCAUUCGCGACACACAUGAGACGUAUAGCCAAAGACAAAGGGGUAGAUCUUCUUUUAGUUGACGCUGGCGAUCAUCAUGAUGGAUCUGGACUGGUAUCAACUUCAUCCACUGCAUCAAGUCAAGCUGAGGAUAUCUUCGCGAUGCUUCCUUUUGACGUUCUGACAGUAGGUAAUCACGAGUUGUACCAUUACGAAGAUGCUUUGGAAGAAUACAAGAAUAAGGGAAGAUGGAACGGAAGAUACGUCACUUCGAAUGUCAAUAUCUCCAUUAGAGGGGAUGAUGGAUAUUUCCAUUCUGUGCCUCUAGGAGAACAGUACUUGAAGUUCGAGACUGAACAAGGGCGAAAAGUCACUGCUUUUGGAGCGAUAUUCAACUUCCAAGCUCAUGCUAGGGGUAUCUCAAUACAAUCAUCUUCCAGAUUAGCUAAAGAAUCUUGGUUCAUAGAAGCGAUUCAAGAUAAACCAGAUUACUUUGUAUUAGCAGGACAUAUGGCGGCUCGAGGCGAAAGCGCUGAAUUUUAUCCUAUCUUCGUUGCAAUAAGAAAUGUUCAUCCAGAAGUACCAAUUUACAUUUUCGGAGGUCAUACCCAUGUCAGAGAUUGCGUGCAAUAUGAUGAUAGAUCCAUUGCUGUCGUACCAGGCAGGUAUCUGGAAACUAUAGCAUUCACUUCGUCAUCUUUGCCCACAAAGGAUGAGGAUGAAAUGAGUGUAGCGAGAAGAUAUAUCGAUGCCAAUCCAGUCAGUUAUAAAUGGCAUACCAACACAUCCGACGAUGAAUUUCAUCUGCCAAUCGGACAGAACAUCUCUACAGUUCUUCGAGAUCUGUCCGCCUCCUUGAACAUAUCUACACCCUUGGGUAUAGCACCUCAUGAUUAUUUCCUCAACCGACAUCCAUAUCCACAUCCAAGAUCUGUUCUCACCCAUUUUUCGGAUAACGUGCUUCCCUAUACUAUCCAAGAUGAAGCAAGGAAUGGAACUAGAGUAAUUAUCGGGAAUGCCGGUAGCUUGCGAUUCGACUUGUUUGCAGGCAGAUUCGAUAGGAACGACGAACUGACUGUCUCGCCAUUUACAAGCGCGUUCGUGUAUGUUCGACUUCGAGCUGGAUUAGCGAGAAAGAUAACUGAACAAAUGAAUAAAUCUGGCGCGAGCAAAUUACUCCCUUCUAAGCCAACAACGAAAUAUGAAGAAGAAGAAAGGGUCAAACAAAGGUAUAAUCAGUGGUUGGCAGGACAAUGGGAGGAAUAUCUUAUUCAAGGCGGACAAGAUCAUCUUCUUGAUCAACCUGAUGUACAAGCAGUUCUUGGGACAAGUAAAAUUCCCAAGAAGCCUAGAACAAUGGGAUUCGUGACAAAAGAUAGAUGUCCUGGGAAAGGAGAUGAUAUCGAACAUUAUCCAGUUCCUUUUGUGGGGAACCAACCCGACUUUAUCGAAACUCCCUUCCCCGAUGUAGACGAUGAUGAGAUUAUAGAUGUCGUUUCUAUGGAUUUUGCUCUCGAUGAUUUCUUGUCGGCUGUGAAUGUUCUCGAUCCAACUAUCGCUCUCAAAGAAAAACACAUGAAACCUUACGCUGAGGGAUUAGAGAUCAAUGUCGUUUUUGGAAUGUACGCCAAGGAGAUGUGGCAGAAAGGGCUUUAG